AUGACAAGGCUCGUUUCGAGCGCCCAAAGCGCUUUCAUCAAAAGAAGCAUCCACGACAACUUCUUGUAUGUUCGCAAUCUUGCUCGGCGCCUUCACAAGAGCAAGAUCCCUUCCCUCCUCUUCAAGCUGGACAUCCACAAGGCCUUCGACACCGUGAAGCGGGAGUAUUUGCUCGACCUACUCCAAUGGCGAGGAUUCGUAAGCAAAUUUAUGGAUUGGAUAGCGGUCCUCCUGAGCUCCUCAUCGCUAUUGAUUCACUCCAAAGAAUUCUUGAGGUUGCUACGAGAAAAGAGCUCCUCCAUAAAAUUAGGGGAAGGGGAGCCAUGAUGAGGACCUCUCUCUAUGCGGAUGACACAACCGUCUUCUUGGCUCCUAUCAAAAGAGACGUCGACAACCUUGCAAGCAUUUUGAGGGGCUUCAGUGAUGUCACGGGACUGUGCACCAAUUUCCAAAAGAGCUCUUUUGUGCCCAUCCGUUGCAACCAUCUCGAUUUGGGUCGCCUAACCCAAAGGUUGCCGGCAACUAGGACUCACUUCCCUCUACGAUACUUGGGUCUCCCUCUCUUAUUUUGGCAAGUAUAGUUGGUGGAUCUUCAGUUUUUAAUGGACAAGGUUGCGAGCAAGCUAACAACUUAUGAGGGCCAAAACAUUACCAUCAUCGGACGGACGACUCUUAUCAAUUCCGUGAUCACCUCCCAGGUGGUCUACCCCGCCACACAGCUGGUCAUCCUGCCAACCAUCCUUCUCAAUGUAAAUAAGCUUGAGAGAGCUUUCCUUUGGUCCGGUACGGACAAGACGACGGGUGCAAAAUGCAUGGUGAAUUGGGAGAUUGUUUGCCGGCCACUUCAAUAUGGGGGACUUGGGGUUCUCAACACCAACAAGUUUACGCGUGCCCUCUGGUUGCGAUGGCCGUGGUAUGAAUGGAAGGAGCCCACCAAGAUGUGGGUGGGGAUGGGGAACCCAUGUGACGAGGACCUAAAUUUCUUCUAUGCAUCCAACACUAUCAUCGUUGGUAACGGCGCGAAGACCCCCUUUUGGGAUUCACCUUGGCUCCUUGGACGCAAGCCAAAAGAUAUUGCCCCGCUCAUUCAUGAAGCGUCCAAGAGAAAGAAUUGGAAGGUUCGGGAGGCCCUCAAACAGAACGCGUGGAUUCUCAAGAUCAAACCUCCCGCCAACGUCUCCGCGGAGCACAUCACACAGUUCUUCACCCUUUGGGUGCUUUUGCAUGAGGUCCAACUCGAUCAGCUCACCGAGGACGACAUCCUAUGGAAGCAUACGGCUAGUGGGCUCUACUCGACACAUCCGCAUACAAGGCGCAAUUCUUAGGGAUGGUUCUCUCACCCAUGGAUAAAAUGGUUUAGAAGGCUUCGGCUCCUCUAAAAGUCAAGUUCUUUGCUUGGUUGGCUCUACAAGAUAGAAUUUGGACCGCCGAUAGAGGCGAAGCGUGGGUGGCCCAACUAUGAUCUUUGCCCUCUCUGCAAGAGAGUACAAGAUGUGGGACUCAUCUCUUCUACAAAUGCCGCUUCACUUGAAGGCUUUGGUCUUUGAUCAUUGACAAAUACCACAUUCUUGGACUUGACACCACUGGCAGGCCCUUGUUCGACUCGGUUGAGGCUUGGUGGGCAAGUACCUGCGACAACGACACGCCAAACCGCCAAGCAAAGGCGUCUUUCACCAUGCUUGUUUCGUGGACUAUCUAGAACGAGCGAAACGCAAGAGUCUUCAAGCACAAGAGCGCACCGCCGACUAUAUUGCUUGCCUCCAUUGAGACCGAGGCCAACCUUUGGAUCAUCGCCGGUGCAAACAAAUUAGGGUCCAUUAUUUUGCGAGAGUAAUCUCAUGUCGUGUAUUCGGGUUACUUGUAACAAACUCUAUCCUCUCUUAUUUAAUGGAUGCGUCAAAGCUUUUGCCUCCAUUUAAAAAAAAAGGGUGUGUACUGGAAAACAUCUUCCUCAUGAUGGGUGCAUAUGUUUGUCGAACCCCGAGAAAACCCAUUCGUAGGGUUUCAUUUUGCUGUAUUUAUCCCCUGUAAAUUUUCUAGUGAUUGACAACUUUUUAACAAUAAACUCCUAGUUGAUUGUUUGCAUCCAGUAUGUUACCCCAUAUGAUCAUUAGGGCAGUAAGUAGGCUGGGGACGUGGUUUGGCUUACUUUCAACAAACACUUGACUGACGCACAAUGUUUGAUUUU